AUGGCGGCGCGUAUGAGCGAGAUCGGCAUGUCGGCCGUACGGGCCAGCGAAAUUGGCAUGCGUCACAGCGCUGCGAAUCUGCAGAUGAUGGUCGGGACGGUGGCCAACAAGGCGCACGGUAUCGCCACGAUUAUCUCGCGUAGCUCCGGCCGCGGCCGCAAGGCACGAACCACGAAAACUGUCCCCACCUCCAAAGCAGAGGAUGAUCUCUCGCCCAUGUCAAAACUCGGCGAGGUGUCGGAACCAGAGGCUGAGGAACUGCUGCCUGUAUUCCCUUGGGAGGUCCGCACAGAGGAUGGCCUUACGAAAGAGAACGUCACCGUGAAGAAAAAGAUCCUAGAGCUCGCGAUUUACCGAAGGACAUUUGUGGAGCCUGCAGAUGGGGAGGAGGAAUAUGUAUUCGACUACGCUACAUUGAAGGACGUGGCGAUGGAGUUACUAUUGAGCAACCCCAAUCUGCGCGAGAAACGAGAGACGCUGGUGGAAGCUGUGCCUGUACCUGUUGUCUCCGAAGAACUUUUCUGGCGCAACUUUUUCCUACGCUGCAACGCUGUUCGUGUGGCGGAAGGUAUGCCGUCUUAUUUGCCGGAGGUGACGCAGACGCCUCUGUCUACAGGACCCUUGGCCAGACUUCGACGUGGGCUGUUUGGCAAGAAACCCGUGCUCUCGUCCGCCAGCUCGGGCAAGUUUAGCCGUAGUUUCUUGCCCGUCGGUCGCUCUGCCCCAUCGGAGAGUAAUAGGACGACGCCAAGGGAGGACGACCUGAGUGAUCUGGAGCUAGACGUGGACGGCGAGAUCGAGAAGGAGCUUGUUAAGCGACGCCCGUCCCGUGCAGUGGAGCUGCACCUGCGUCCGGUGCCCCCGGCUCUAAAUAACGACGCUGAAAGCACUGCUGACGAAGAGGAGCAACCAGAAAUUAAGCCGAAAGAACCUGAAGAUACUCCGGAUGCCAGCAGUCCCAAGGAACCGGAAGAACACGCCCCAACUCUCGUGUAG